AUGCCCGGAGCUCCCACAGUCCUAAUUAUGGUUACAGGCACGGGGGAAAGAGAAGAACCUCAGUGGCAGGAAUCCGACGACGAAAGGAACUAUGAUGCCUCACCAUCGUCAAGCCCACCGCGAGAGUUCGCCCCGAGAGGGUUUGCCAAAGUUCGGAAGAGGUUUCGGGAGCAUCUCCCUAGACCCCUGCGUAUCGAUUCCAAUAAUAUCCCAUCCCGUCUCAACUUAGACGACUUCCAUAACCAUGCCUCCCCUAUAUUCGAUGUGUUACGGCUGUUAGUCGAAGCAGUAACUUCAUCUAUCGAUCAUGCUCGAUCGAUCGGUUUCCUUGAGCGGCUGCGCCUUGCAAUCAUACAGUCCCAACUUUUAGACAACCCCUUAGUAUUAGGCUACCAAGCCUCGGAAGACCCUGCGCUAUCGCAACCGGCUAGCGAACCAAACUUCCAUGGGAUUACAGUUUCCGGCGCCGUCGCCGCUAUUGUGUUCGGCUUCGGUACGGCAUUACUCGUCCGCUGGUUCUCGCUAGGAGGAUUUAUGCCAACAUGGAGGGGGUCAAUAGCUUUCGUUGUGGUAGUGUCUAUAACGUCUCUAGUCGCAAGGGCAUACGUACGAAGGCAGAUUUUAAGAAAUAUUCAGAAGCAAGGAUUAUUAGAAGCCUCGACAUUCUUCUCACUCUCCCGAGAGUAUGACUGCGCAAAUAGUGCAGGAUUAAACUUCGUAAUGGAAGUAGAAUUAGUUGCCCGUGGAUAUCGACUGAGCACACCCAUCCCCCCUAUUAGUCGACUAGAGAAUAAUGGGCAAAACGUCAAGUGUCUUCAGCUUAGGAAAGCCCUCCGAAAUAGCUUAACAGAAGUCAUUUAUAAAUAUUACCAAGUGGCCUUUACGAUUUGGGCAUUUGCGGAACAGACCGAACUGCUGCAGCUGCAAUCCCAGUAUCAGUUUACAGUUGCCGAUGUGGUGGAAAGAUUUCAGGUGUUUUCAAAAACCGACGCCCAGGACGCCGAGAAAUUGCAACCUUUAAAAGAUGCCGCAUUCCUCUUCCACGAUAUUCGGAAAAUGUUUCUAAGUGGUCUGCUUGCUCUUCAUACCGUCGGCAACGACUCCGACCGACUUCGUUUUACGACUAUAUUAGAAGCAUUCGAGGAACUAAAUACGGUCACGAAGCAAGCUUAUACGCGGGUGAGGGAUAUUCUGGCCGAUAAUGACUUCCAAAUUCCCAAAACUCCUCGGAGUCCUGAGACGCCUAGUCAUGAUCGAUGGCGUCACCAAGUCCGCAGGUUAAAUUCGAUGACUAUGAAUAUCCGCAGUGUGCAGGCUAAAUUGCAUCUUCUGCGUGAGGAGUCAUCUAAGGCUUUGAACGAGGCUGAUGAUAUUACCGAUUUGGGGCCAUUGUUCAUGGCCCAGUACGAGUCAAUUGGACAAGAUCUACGGGAUCUAAUGGAAGCGUGGCAGACAGGAAAGGCUUCGCUAGCGUCUGGGAUCGACAGAAAUGAGAAACGCCUAUCAUCCAUGGGCUCUACGCUUAUGUCUCCCCUGAGUACGAUGAGUGGACGGACCAUAGCGGAAGAGGACGAAAAUAGCCAGGACGAAGGCGUUGCCGACGCAUACAAGAAGCUUACUGGUGGGUCUUCGCCACCAUCAGAGCCGGAGCCGGAAGUAUUUGAGGCUAUCUCGAUUCCUCGCCCAAAAAGUUUAUUCACGCGGGAAGAGAGGAUUAUCAAGAUGAGAGAGGACCGCAAAUCUAAAGAAAUUUCCAAGGCGAAGGCCGAAGCCCAAAGAGGCAUGAUGCGAGAGCUGCAAGGAGUAUUAGAAAGGCAAACCGGACGUGGUCGAGUCUCUCUUUGA